AUGCUAGGACUCGGUGUAAAUCACGGGUUAUGUGUAUGUCUUGUGAUAGGCUGUCUUGUGGGAGUUUCAACAGGUCUACUGUACGAGAAAACACCGAAGAUUCGCUUAUUAGACGACCUAUUUAAGAACUAUAAUACGAUGAUCAGACCAGUCUAUAACGAUUCUACCCAAAUAAGUUUGGCGCUUGGAAUGGCGGUAAAACAGAUGAUUAGCAUGGAUGAAGUAAGUCAAAGGUUGUCUCUGAGUGUUUGGUUAAGAAUGUUAUGGAAGGACGAAUUUCUUCAGUGGAAUUCAUCGGAAUAUGGUGGCACAUCAGAAUUAACAAUACCAUUGCAUAUGGUAUGGCUACCGGAUAUAAAACUAUAUAACAAUAUUGAUGAGGAAUUCCUGCGAAUUGACGAAACGAUGGUAAUCCUUUAUUCAGAUGGAACCGUGUACUGGUUGACACCGGCUAUAGUUAAAGCAUCAUGCAGAGUGGACCUGUGGAAAUUUCCAUUCGACCAGCAAUCGUGUUUCUUCAAAUUCGGUUCCUGGUCGUAUAACGGCUAUCAGAUGGACAUCGUAAACCGCAGCGACUCGGUAGACACGGGAACCUUUUUGGAAAAUGGAGAGUGGGAAAUCGUCUCUGCGCCUGCACAGAGAAAUGUGAUAUAUUAUGGAUGUUGCCCGUGGCCAUAUCCCGAUGUGACGUUUACACUUGUGAUAAAACGGAUGCCGCUAUUUUACGUAUUCAAUCUGUUAAUGCCCAACCUCUUGAUUGCCGGACUCACCUUGCUGGGAUUCUGGCUUCCAGCAGAGUCUGGCGAGAAGAUUACGCUCACUAUUACCAAUCUCUUGUCUUUGAUCGUAUUCCAUCAGCUAGUAGCUCAAACGAUGCCUCCAACAGGAGACAGUGUGCCAAUUAUAGCACAAUACUUUGCAAGUAUGAUAGUAAUGGUGUGUUUCUCGUGCGUCAUGAACGUCUGGGUGUUGAACAUUUUUCAUACUGAAACAGACACGACGGACUUACCGAAAUGGGUGCGCUUUCUCGUCUUCGAAAUAUUAGCGCCCGCUGUCUGCAUGGGUCAGGAAAAGGAACAGAAUAAGAUUAACCAGGAAAGUACAGAAACUGGCAAUGCGACUGCCAGUCCGUAUUGCUACACAAAUGUACUUCUGCCAUUGACGGAAAUGUCGAUGAAUGGAAACACACGCACAAUAAGCGGAAUGCUGGAAAAUACUUCGUCAAUUAGUGAGAGCGCCACCCACAGACUCAACAAUGAGAGCCCACGCUCCCAGAACGAAGACACUCCUAAGCAGGAUAAGCAGUUGCACGACAUUUGUCAGCAUCUCGAAUUUCUGGUAGCAAGAGCAAAACGGAAGGACAAACGAAAGAAGAUAAUUCACCAAUGGCAAGAAAUGGCUCAAGUUAUAGAUAGGAUUUUAAUGUGGGUUUUUGUCCUGAUAAUGGAGAUGAAAAUUAAAGAAGGAUUGUUGUCCACACCAAAGUAUGUACCACACUGGUAUUUAUACGAUACUCGUGGAUCGAUACUGUUUGAAAAAGCCACAAUUGAAAACCCUUAUUAUCAUAUUUAUAGAACAGAAAAAAUAAUUUUAGAACAAAAUGCGGAUUCGAUUAUUUCUGGUUUAGGAAACAUUGUACUAUGUGAGUUGGGUGCUGGCAGUUCAACGAAGACUACACAUAUAAUAUCGGCCUUAUUAAAAAAGAACAAAGACUUGACCUAUAUACCGAUAGAUGUAGCUGAAGGUGUGUAUACUAUUGAAGCAUGCAGUGUUGACGUUUUACUUCAUUUAUUCUGUAUAGUUUUACUCAAUGUGAUAUGA